GCCGAUGCGCGGCGCUGAGGGCGGCGGGAUGGCGCUGUGGCGGGGGCUGCGCUGGUGCCGCCGCGCCUUCGCCUGGCUGCCCGUGCUGCUCAUCGCSCUGCUCCUGCUCUGGUCCUACUACGGAUACGUCUGCGAGCUCUGCCUCGUGACUGUGAGCAACCCUGUGGAGAAAGUGACCUAUCUUGUAAUAUUCCAUAUUCUCUUUGUGCUCUUUGUGUGGACAUAUUGGAAGUCUGUUUUCACUCUCCCAAUACCRCCAGGCAAAAAGUUCCACAUGUCCUACGCUGACCAGGAGCGCUACGAGAACGAGGAGAGGCCCGAGGUGCAGAGGCAGAUCCUCGCCGAAAUCGCCAGGAAGCUGCCGGUGUACACCAGGACAGGGAAUGGAGGGAUUCGGUUCUGUGACAGAUGCCAGCUGAUCAAACCUGAUCGUUGUCACCAUUGCUCUGUUUGUGCCAUGUGCGUGCUAAAAAUGGAUCAUCACUGUCCAUGGUAUGUCCUAGAUACUGGUUUGUGGUUUUCUGAAAGACUACUUUCRUAUAUUUCUGUAUGCCUCUCAUAUCUGUAUACAAUUUCAAUCUUUAAUUUGUUCCUAUCACUUGUUCUGUUUUCUUUCCAGGGUGAGCUGACCAAYGGACGCUCCAAAUUUCACAUCCUUUUCCUUCUCUUUGUGUCAAUCAUGUUCUUUGUAAGCCUCAUGUUUCUGUUUGGUUACCACUGCUGGCUCGUCAGCAGAAACAGAUCCACUCUAGAGGCUUUCUCAGCUCCGGUGUUUCAAAAUGGCCCAGACAAAAAUGGAUUCAAUCUUGGCUUUGUGAAGAAUCUCCAGCAAGUGUUUGGGGAAGAAAAAAAGCUCUGGUUGCUGCCUAUUGCCUCUAGCCAAGGGGAUGGACAUUUUUUCCCAAUGAGAUCCUUGAAUGAAGCUCGGAACCCUCUCCUGACAAAUGAGGAGCAGUGGGAAGAGGAUGGAAUAGAUGAAGAGCCUCAGAGUUCUGGGGAAGGCUCAUCCCUUGCCAUAGAAAGGGAGACAUAGCAGUGUGAAAACCCAAUGGUGUAAAGCUUGAUCACAAAGCUUCCCUCUCAGGAGCCAACAUCCCUUCUCUUGGCAAGGACUUCAGUUUUGAGGGGCAGAAAASAAGUGGAUCUUCAAGAUGAGAAAACAUCCUGAAGUAUCGUCUGCUGGGAACCUGCAUUCUAGAAUGCUUCUCCAGAAAUCCUGCUGUCCAGAUGUCCCAAGGCUUUAUGAGUUUAAGUUACAGAGUUAACAGAACUAUUUUACAGAGUGAUUCUGGCCAAUCUUCUUUGGCCUGCUCUCUUUAUUUUAUAAAUACUAUAUAUUUUUUAUUCAAAAUAGGUUAAAAUGUUGAUGCGAGUGCAUUUCCAAAGGCCUUUUCAUUUUGCAAACAUCAGGGACUCAAGCUCUUGAAAUUCUUCCAAGCCAUAAUAUUCUUGGGGAUGGUUAUUUAUUUUGAGACUGAUUCUCCAACCUUCUCUGACAAGUGGCAUUUUCUAACRUGUUUAAAUUCUGAGUCAGUUCAGCUCAAUGCGAGACAAACCCAGUUAAAUCUGGCACUAAAUUGGUAGCUGAAUGUAAGUGUUGAAAGGAAAAGUGCUGAACAUGCACAUGUACAUGUGCAGCUGUGAAUAAAAAUAAAAUAUUCACAUUGCCAGUAUCAAGAUUCAAGAAUAUUGUGGCCAUAGAUAUUUUUAAAACUUCUUUUAUGAUGGUGUUAUUGUCUUAGAAUUUGGGUUAUAGUCUUUUUGCCUAAUCCUACUUGUAGGCACCUAAAAUGCAAAAGGGAACUUCAGACUGUCCAGUUUGCAUUAAUUCCUAGGGCUAAAAUAGCCACUCAUUCCUGGAUCAGUGUUUGAUGGAGAUUUGUGUGUUCAUGGAGUCAGAAAGGAAGAUGUGAAUUUGAAAUGUGCACUGAAAGUGUAGCUCCAACAGUCGUGUUUGGAGUUUGCACUCCACAAGGCUUGGUUGAAUCCCAAAAUGCUGAAGGCACAAUUGACAUAUGGAAUUUUUUCAUAAUUCUUGCCAACUCAGUGCACUGACUGGUUUCAGGGGUUUCUGCACUAAGAGGUGAUCAGAUUUUUUUUCUGCAUUUUGCUGCAUUUACAAAGAGAUCUAUUCCCUGUUUUUGUUCUGGGGAAUGGAACUGAGACUUGGCUGGCUGGAUUAUGGACAUUUUUCUAGAUCUGAGUCCUUUAUUUUUAUCUGCAUGAUUCAGCCCAGUCCAUCACUCUUGUUUGAAUUAGGUGCAUGCUGAAAGUAUUGCUGUACUGCCUCUAAGAUCAUUUAGUACCAUUUUCUAUUCCAUUUUUAUGUUUAUUUAUCAGCCCACUGGUGUUGACAGUGACUACAGGAGCAGCUGUGCAUGUCAAGAAAAAGGACCUGCCGAGUGAGUUUGGUAAUGAAGGCUUUGCCUACAAACUGRCCCCGUUUUUCCUCAGUUUCCCCUGCUGCUGCUGCCACAGGAAAUGUGCCUGUGAGACGGGAGAGCCUUGCAGAGGUUCCUUCCGUAACAGUAGGUGUUUAACUYCUGGUUGAUCUGUGCCCUGGGGACAGGAAUUUUAUCCCUCAGCCUCUGCAGUUUGUGUGGAGCAGGCAGUGAUGAUCUCUCCACAAUGUCACUGCUGAAUUUGGUUGUGAGGGGCCAAGGUGGGCUGGCCCGGGCUUGGGUGGGUUUGUGUCUCCUCAGGGUGGUCCUGAACACUCAAUGUUCCUGCUUCAGCCACCUGAGCCCCAUCUGUUGAGUGGCUCUGUCACCAAACGGCUGCUGAGUGCUGGAAAUGUUUUUCCUGUCAAUCUCAAGCUGCAUUUCUAAUGUAAAUCUGGUGUUGGGCCUUGUGCUGUGUGUGAUGAAAGGUGGCAGCUGAAUUCAUCACCUCAUUCCUAGCAAAAUGUGCUCCAGAGGGGGAGCUUGAGAGGAUGAUGGCAGCUAAACAGGAAUUCAACAGGAAUUUAGCACAUACAGAGUGCUAUUUGUGCCUUUAAAAACUUUAAAUUCCUUGUAUAUAAAACCAGGAAGAUGAUUUGGUGACUUUGAUUCUGUCAACUGAAGUGUAUUUUUCCAGAGCUGUGUGGAUUUGCAGGAGUUUUCUGAGCAGGUUCUUGUGUCCCUUCUGGGUUUGGUUCUGGUUACAGCCCUGUCAUUCUCUGAGCUCUUUCUCUGCCAGGCAGCAGCAGCAGCUCUGCAGGAGCACCCAUGCUUGCUCUUGCUGCUGCAUUGCUCAUGAGGAGCACAGAAAAUCAGGUGUUGUCUUCUAAUAUUAAGCCAGAUGUCUUUAUGAUAACCCAGGUGYCCAGCUCAGACUGAGAAACAGUUUUAAAUGUUUCCAGGUAACUUUAUUCAGUCACUUUUCUUGUAAUUAGUUAUGGCCAACUCUUCCCUUUCCUUCAAAGCAGCUCAGCCUCCUGUGGUUGUUACAAACUCUUGUCCAGGUAGAAACAUACAAAGUUUAUCACUUCAGAACUACUUCCCAUCAAUAUCCACCCAUCAGAUGCUGGAAAGCUUCAUGAAAUGUGAAACCCAAAAGUGUAAAAUGAGGCAGAACAAAAUGGGAAAAACCCACUUGUCUGAGUGAGCAGCUCUGUUUUGUUCCCUUCUGCUCACAUAAGGUGAUAUCCUUAGGUUACCCUUGGCCUGUGCCCUGGUUAUGCUGAGUAAAUGCACUGGAAAACAGAAUUUCCUCAGGCUGCUGUGGUCACUGCUGCAGGUGACAAAACAGAAUAUUCAGUCCCGGGUGUGUUAGUAUUUUUAAACUGCAAAUGGCUCUUUUGGGGGUAYAAUCCACUGCAACACCUCCUUUGUUUUCCAUGCCCUGAUCCUCAUCCAGAGGCUCUCCAUCAUCUCUGAMUGUAAGGGCUGUAUCAUCAAACCUCUCCCUUUCCUGCACCCUCCAUCCCAGCAUUCCAGSACUGGGAUUCACCCCACCACCACCAAUGACACUGCAGCUCUGGGAGCUGGACAAUGAUUCCAGUUCAUCCCGUGUGUGUCUCACGCUGCCUUGUGCUGGUGUCACAACAUCCCAGGUUAUGCUCUGAGCCCUCUGUGCAAGAGCAGUCCAAGUGUUCCCUGUGGCACUGUCACCAUGUGGUGUUUGCUGUCAGGCUCUGGGUGCRGGCUGUACACACAGUUACACUUAAAGCACUUGGUGAAUUGCUAACGUUUGAGUCUCAGUGCUGAUGCUGAUGGCAGUUGUGUAACUGUAGGGCUGCUGAAGGUGUUGAACUCCAGCCUGGAGCAGUGUGGGAGCAGCAAGGGAAUUGUCUCAGCCCCAUCCAGGGGCUGUUUUCUCUGCCUCAYUGGAUCUACACUACAGAAUAAAGUAGGAAAUUAGAUUUUUUCAUCACAGGGUCACAASAGCUGCUGUCCUCAGUGGGUCUCUGCCUGUGUAGAAGCCCCUGUAGCUGGAGAAGAUUUUAUUGGUUGGUUCAGUGUAGCCAGGGUGAGGGRGCCGAGUGCUGGAGGGAAAUCUCCAACAGCCAGCCACGGGCCAGCCCCUGUCAGUGAUGUCAGUGAGACAGGACCACCAGGCCUGUGCAGCUCUGCCAGCAGUGACCAGGCAGUAACUGUGGCUCGAGUGCCAACCAGUGUGUCAGACACACCAGGCUGUGGGCUUGUGAGCUUCAAUCAGGGCACAGAGGGCUGAGGUCGGGGGCAGCUCCUUCCUUGCUCCUCUUGCUCAUAUUCCAGCAUUUCACAAAUGCAUCUCAUAUCCUUCACAAGGCUGAGCUUCCUCAGCUGUGAGCAACUUUYCCAAGUGAUGUUACCGUGGGAAAGGAGGGAAUGCCUUUGCUGGACUUCACUGUGUGAUGGCUGCAGUGUUAUCCCUCUGCUCCUGGAUUCAUGCUCCAAAGUAACAACCAACCACCUCCUCACCUUUCCUCCUUCUCUCUCAUCUACAUUCAGGUACAAAAACCUGACAGAACAUCAUAUUGAUGUUCCUCUGGGYAGAACUGUCCUAAGUCCAGUCCUGGGCCAGCAAGUCCUGCCCAAGGAACCAGGACUUGUUAAUCCUCCUUGCACUGCCAGGUUUCUCUUAGUGAGUUGUAACAGUUUUAGUAGUAUAAUCUUGUUUUCCUUUAAGCAGGGAACAGUACUGUAUGUUUGAGAGGGCUGUACCCAGUGUGUGUGGGGUGCAGUCACUGGUGAGAAUCAGGAAGAUUCCGAAUCGCACUAUGCAAUGAAUGUUUGCUUCCUGKGACACAGGAAUGGGACUCAGCAAAAUCCACACCAGCUCCUGCUCUGUAGUUCUAUAUGCUGGUCUGGACUGAAAGCACAACUUGAUGCAUAAAGUCUGUAAUGUGAAUGUAAAAUGUCAAUGGGAAAAAAUAAAAAAAUUACUGGUUUUUCCCUGACUUUAGUGAUGAAGAAUGAUGUGGUGAGCUGUUUUCAAGGCACCUGCCUCCUGCAGAGCAGUGACUAUGUGCUGAGCAGCUACUCUGUGCUGGGCAGUUACUCUGCUGGGCAGUUACUCUGCUGGGCAGUUACUCUAUGCAGAGUUUCUCUGCCGAGCAGUUACUCUGUGUUGAGCAGUUACUCUGUGCUGGGCACUUACUCUGUGCAGUUACUCUGUGCAGAGUUUCUCUGCUGAGCAGUUA